AUGGCGGACGCAGUCGACGUUAGCAGUACCGCGGGCCAUCUGGAGGCUGCCGUCCAGCUCAGCGCUGCGGUGAGCCGGCAGAUUGACGCCAUCUCGGACGCGCCGCGAGUGCUCACGACCCUCUCGGCUGAUCUGCAAGAAGUGCUGUCGAUCCUCGAGACAUUGCUUUACUACCUCAGCAACGACGACACGGCUAAAGGAGUUCUGCAUCCGUCCACGGCUCGGGACCUGGAUACGGUCCUCAAGAAAUACGCCAAAAGCCUGUGUCUGCUGGAGGAGAAGCUGGAAAAGGCCACCGAGGGCCGUUCCGGGGGCAAGCUGGGCUUGUGGAAGAGGACGAUGCUGACGCUGCAAGCCAAGGAAUUCACCGACGUGAGAGAACAGCUUGCGACGCAGAAGAUCAUGCUGAAUAUCAGUGUGGCAGUAUCUAAUUUUAUUAAUACGACAUACGAAGCGACACCUGAGAAUCGGAAGGAGCUCGUCAAGAUGAAGACGGACGUCGCCAAGGUGCUCCUGAAGCUGGACCACAGCCAGCGGCGGCAAUCCCAUCGGAGAUGUCCAUCGCUGCGAUCUCGUCGAACAAACUGA